AUGUCUACCGAGGCGCUCGCGGACAACAAGUCGCCACUGACCGACGAGUCGCUCGGCACUGCUGAGGUGGCAGAGGUCGCUGGCGGUGGCGGUGGCGGUGGUGGUGGCAGUGGCGGUGGUGAGGAGGAAAAGGUGUCGGGCAAUGGGAAGAUUGGAGAUAAUUCAACGAGUGGGAAUGCAAACGGUCCGAGACGGAAGCGGCGGCGACGGCGGCGGCGCAAGAAGCGGACAUCGUUGUCGUCGUCGUCGUCGUCGUCGUCGUCGUCGUCGUUGUCGUCGUCGUCGUCGUCAUCGUCAUCGUCGUCGUCGUCGUCGGCUGCAGAGAAACCAAACAAGAAGCCAAAGCUUGGCUCUGAUGAGGAUUCAGAGUCGGGAACAAGCUCCUCGGAGGAGGACUCUGAGGAGGCGCGGCGGCGGAGGGUUGUAGCGACGCCGCUGGCAACUCGACUGCCAUCGCGAGCGACACGUGGGCGGAGGAUGAACGCGCUCAUCGGCGACGAGCUCGAGGCUGACAAGACCUUCUGGGGCCACGAGACGUGGAAAGAGGACGCUGAGAACUACGUGGUCGAGUCGUCGGAGGAGGACCAGUACGACUCGGACUUUGACAUCACCGAGUCAUCAGGUGAGGAGCAGGAGGUCGAGCCCGAGACUGUGCGCAAACGGUCGACAUACAAGGAUCCUGCGCUGAUGGCCAAGCGGCGGGCUGCGGCUGCUGCUGCAGCGGCAGCGCGCGGAACGGCGACUCAAACCCAGCGCCGUAAGCGCAAGCCCAAGGCUGCGGCGUCGCCGGGCUCACGGCGGCUGUCGUCGCGAGCAACGGCGGUCCGCCGGCGGACGCAACUGGAGGUCAAGGCUGAGGCUGCGCGCCAACGGGCCUCCAAGCGCAAGAGAUCUAAGCGCAAGCCGGAUAAGGUGUGGACCCAGGAGGAGCUGCUGGCCGAGGCCAAGCUUACCGAGGCCGCCAACAUGGCCUCGCUCCAGCAGAUUAUCGAAGACGAGGAGGCCAAGGAGGCGGAGCGGAAGCGAAAGAAGCGCAAGAAGAACGCUGCCAAGCUGACCGGUCCGCGGACCAUCUUCUACUCGCGCGAUGGCGUCAACACAGUGACCUUUACCCAGCCGCCGUUUUGAGCUCUUUGCUCCGUUCCGUACGUGCUACGAGUGCCGCGGCCUGCGGAACCGUUGCGGCGGCUGGACCUGGGCCGGCGGUGAUGAGUGAUGCUGCGGGAGGUGGUGAUGGUGGGCCGAGUGGUGUUGGGCCAUAAUCUGCUCUUGGUGGUGCUGCUGCUGACGCUCGAUCAUAGCGCGGAUGCGGGCGGCCUCGCGGCGCUCGCGCUCGGCCUGGCGGGUGAUCCCGGCGUACUGCUUAAUCGACGGCGGCAGCGGGUUGGCUCGUGGGUCCUUCUGCUCGCGCUCGG